UAUUGGCGAUGCUGAGCUGUGGAGGCCAGGUUUAAGAGACACUGGGGCUUGGGCGGUCUGUGACAACUGUCAGGGCGUGAGGAGGGCGGCCCUUGGCUCAGGACUCUGUGGUUAUGGGCCAGACUCUCGCGCCUGCGGCAGUCGUGAAGGGAGAUGUCAACUGCUCCUGCUCUCUACUAGCCGUCGGGAUCCCCUCCGUAACCGAGGCGUGGGGACUAUGGACCCUCUUUGGGGUGGUGACAACGCUGCUUCUCAUCUCCCUGGCGGCACUCUUGAGCCAGCGGACCUGUGGUCGGAGCAGGAAUCGGGAGAGACAGGGACCCCCUGGAGGGUCCGUGGAGGAAGUUCCCCUGUACGGGAACCUGCUCUACUUACAAACAGGACGGCUGUCUCAAGAACCAAGGCCGGAAGAACAGGGCCCAUCCUCUGGAGGCCCUGCCAGGGUGAGUCAGCUGGCCGAAGAAAAGGGGAGGGAAGGAAAAGGGGACCUGUCCGGAGAACGUCUAAAAGCCUCGCCUCUCCAGGCUGCAGAGGAGGCCAUGUGCUACACUAGCCUGCAGCUGCGGCCUCCUCAGGGGCGGGCCCCCAGCUCUGGGACCCCCAUCAAGUACUGUGAGGUGGUGCUGGACUCUGAGUCAAAGCCGCAGGCCCUAGGUCCCGAACCGGAACUCUACGCCUCCGUGUGCGCCCAGACACGCAGAGCCAGGGCUUCCUUCCCAGAUCAAGCCUAUGCCAACAGCCAGCCUGCACCCAGCUGAGGAGGACCCGAAUUGUGGGCACCCACGGCUCAGCUACUAGGUCAGCGACUCCUGCUGUCCCGGCUAGGACAUGCCCAGUUCCUAACCAGCCUCCAGAACAUUGAGCCGUUGCUGAGUGACAGGUGAAGACCUCCCCGGAACUUCCUAAGUUGCCAGGCAUACAUCUCAGAUGUACGAAGACUCCUGGCUUCCUGAGGGUGGAGUUGCAAAGGGAGACCUCUUUGCACUUAUCUUUUCUAUGUUCUCCUGUAACCCCCCAACUCUUUGCUUUACACUUUGUCCUCCUUUCAGAGCUUAACUGGGUUCCCCGUCUCCCCUCUCAGUGUACCCAGAUAUCUCAUUGUCUCCUCAGACACAGGAAGUGGGCAGGGAGGAGGAGGUAAAAGCCAGAGAGGAUGUGGGUGGGUGUCGGGGCAUGGGAGCCCACAACUGGAAGGCUCCUGGGGUCUCAGGCUUGGUUUCUGACCUGAAACCCUGGACGGAGAAUGGUCUCCAUGUUGCUAUCUGGCAUACCCUGGUUUUCAAAUAAAGCAUCUC